UAUUUUUGUAACCGGAGUUCAGCUUUAAUGUUUAAUCGUUUUAAAACCAUUACAAAAAUAAAAACCGACAAAAUAAACCACUGAAGAUUAUUAAUAUCCGAAGCAACAUGAAGUCUAUUAGAAAAUGUUGUUAUAUUCCAAUAGUGUGCGUAUUUAUUUACUUAGUGAUUUUUCUCGUGUGGUCUUAUAGAGGAUACCUUCGACCGGAUUUAUAUUUAAACCAUUCUAGAUAUUCCAGCAAGGAUGCAGAAUGCCCGGGAGUUCUAUCACACAUGGUAAAAGGUUACUGGAAACCACUCCCGCGUCUCUCGCAGGAAUUGAUAGGGAUAUUAACUGACAGAUUUAGAACAAAUGUCGCAAGAUCUCAUCAUAUUCCUAAAGGUUACCAAAUGAAAAAUGGUAAAUGUGGUAAUAUUCAAUAUCCAGACUCUGGGUUUAGGGCAUUAUGUGAUCCUAAAGGACCUACGCCAUGUUGUUAUGAGGGUCAGUGUGUGUCUAAAUCUAUUGAAGAUUGUAAAUGUGAGGAAUGUUAUGAUCUAAGGCAACGUGUUUCAGCCGAAUCUUCUACCUGGGUGCCAUCACAUCACGGUUGUCAAGUUGAUGACUUUGAUUCUACCACAGCAUGCCGUUUACUCCAUAAUUCUACCAUAUUCUGGACUGGAAACUCUUUCACCAGGCAGAUGUUUGCGGCUUUAACUAUGAUACUAAAGGGCGAUUUGAGACAUUUGGUUGUUAAAAAUAACACAGUUAUACAGAGUUGUGUAGGUGUGGAUAACAUGUUUACUUGGUGUCAAAAAUUAACGGAGACGAAUCCCAUAGUUUGUAAUGGAACUGUCAAGAUAAACUUCAUUUCUAGCCCUCAUAGUUCAAGGACACGGCAUGUUUAUGGGGCUAUAGAUGAUCUGCGUAAUAAACCAAGAACCAUGAUAUUCAUGGGAAUAGGUAUCCAUGACAACUACAAUUAUUCAAUGAUUCUAAAUGAUUAUAUCCACCCAAUAUUGAUGCAUUAUAAUGCUAAAAAGUCUAUAUGGCCAAAAUUAAUGUGGGCAGCAGCUCAUGCACCUGGUCUUCUGAAGAGUCCACAUUAUCCGUUACAACUAUAUGAACAGUGUGUACGUUUUAAUAAAUGGCUAAAUCCUCGUUUAGAGAAAUUAGGAGUACCUGUUUUUGAUACAUUUAAUAUGACUGGCGGUGUAACUAGUCCCGAUGGCUGCCAUUACGGUUUGGCUGUGAACAUGUUAAAGGCGAGAAUCUUUAUUCAUUACAUAGCCGAAUUACAACGAAAAGGACAAUGGUGACAAUAUUACAAUUUACAUAGCCCACCGACGAGCAAGAACAAGUAAUAAACUGACAAUUUUUCAACAUUCAAUAUUAACAUUAUGCGAUCCCGUAAGAUUGCAUCUUCCCAGCGAGACCCAGUACGCACUAUCCAGUCCACAAGUGAAGGGCCGUAUUUCGCAGCACUCUGCAUAUUUGUUAUUUGUGUCUUUUAGAAAAUUGAUUGAUGGUAUUUAGAAAAAGUUGAAUAUCUCGUAACUUCUACAUGUAAUUGUAACAUUUAUAGUUAUAUAUAUUGCUUUAGUAGAUUGAUUACAAUGCAGAUCUUUGUACAAUACAAGUAAAUAUAUUAACCUCUCAACAAUAACAAUAUUUUCUCGAUAUAAACGAUAUAAAAUGGGGUUUAACGUCCUAAUGUUCUGCACUGACUGGGCUAAUGAAGAAAUGAAAUAAAAUGAAAUGGGGUUUAACGUCCUACUGUUCUUAUCGGACUGGGUUAGUGAAGAGUGGCGCUAAUGAAGACGGGCAUACGCCAUACGCCAUGAGGGGAAUUUGCGCCGCUCUCCGGGCAAAUUUCCUUCAUAGCACACUGCAUGGCGCAUACCCGUCUUUAUCAGUUGAGUCAGUUCAGAAAAGUCGGACGUUCAACCCCAUUUCAUUAAAAAAAAAAAAUUAAUAAAAAAAAUACAUAUUAUGGUCAAUGUUUUAAAAAUUUUUUACCUGUAACUCUAUUCGCUGCUACUACUGAUGUCAUGACACUAAUGAUUGGUCCAAUUGUUAUAUACUUCAAAUGAAAUGAAAUGGUCCUACUGUUUUGCUCCGACUGGGAUAAUGAAGACGGGCAUACGUCAUACAGUGUGCCAUGAGCGAAAUGUUGCCCGGGCAGCGGCACUAUGGCCUACUCUUAUAUCGAAUUCCAACUGACAAGGGAUCUUUUACGUGCACUCCAAUGUAUACACGGGUCCUCGUUUUUUCGUCCCAUCCGAACGACUAAGUAGCGGAACUAAAUAUACCUUCCUAAUUUUAAAAUAAUAUAUCUUAAUGUAAAAACAAAUUCAGUUCACUUUUUAUAAUAUUGUAAAUCAAGAAUGUUACCAUAAUCAGUAGGUUGAAUAUGUGUAGAACUAUACAUAGUUUCUUAAAAUUCCAUUUCGAUAAUCCAAUUACAAUUUUAUUGAGGUUUGCGGCAGCUGCUCUGGGUAAUAUAUCAUUAUACUAUAGUGCUUUUUUUUAUCUAAAAUAGUUAAAUAAUCAAUAAUGAUGCUCAGUAGCCUUGUUAUUGAUGCUCAGUAGCCUUGUUAUUG